CUCCAUUUCCAACUUCAACUUCUUCACAUUAAUUGAAUUGAGAUCAGCGUGGUACGUAGUUGAUGAAGAUAGAUAGAUAGAUACUGAAAAUUUAUAAGAUGAGAGAUUCUUGUAGCAAAUUAUUCUUUUUUUCUUCUUCUUCCUCCACUUGUUGCCCUUCUCACUUUGUGGCUCUUUUCUUCGUAACUUCACUACUUGUUGUUUCUUGUCGGAGUCUUCUUGCUCUAAAUUUCUCUUCUUCACCUUCGAGGGGAGAACCAACUUCUUCUUUGGAUACAGAAAACAAAAGUGCUUCAAUAUUACAUGAUGAUGAUGAGGGAGAGGCUACUCCAUCUCCAACUGCAUUUGACUCAGAUCAUCAUCAUGGUCCUCAUCAAGAAAUAUUCAAUGAGGGUGAUGAAAAGCUUGACACCAAGUUUAAGCAUAAUGGGUACCUUAGAGAUCACAAGUACACCAAGUUAGGAAGUAUUGAAGCAAGAUUGGCUAAAGCAAGGUAUUCCAUCAGAGAAGCUAGCAAAAUUCCAAAUUUUACACCGACUCUCCAAGAUCCAGACUAUGUUCCUCAAGGUUCAAUUUACAGAAACGCCAAUGCAUUUCAUAGGUACAUAAAAGUAUAUUUUUUGGUCCAGCACAAGUUUCUGCAUCAAACUAAUGCAUGCUAA